AUGGGGCUGGAACCUUUUUUAGGCUUUCACACAGAGGAGUUUGCUACAAAGAACAUAGCUUUGAAUAAACCUGCUAGAAUGAGCAGUAUGCGGAAACAAUUCCGGGCAGGUAAUGGUGUUGACGGAAUGUUGACUAAUUUGGUUCACACCAGGAAAUCUGACACAGAAUGGUGGUGUGUUGAUUUAGGGAAAGUAUACGACUUUCAAUCCGUCGUUCUAUACAACAGACGCAAUAAAAAUAAAGCCCUGAUCAAUAGACUGGCGGGAUUCGAGUUAAAGUUCAGUUAUAAUGGACAUUGCGAUUUCGAAACAUUUAAUGGAAGCCCAGUAUGUUACAAAGAUACUGAAUCAAUUGGUCAGUUAGUCUACAAUAUAACAAAGUGUAACGAACCAGUCUGUUUGUCUUCAAGAUUUAUAUUCAUCAGUCCAAGAUCGAAACAAUAUCUUAAUUUUGUGGAGUUAAUGGUAUAUGAACUGGAAGAAUAA